UGACACCCCUGGCUUAAGGACACAACUAGAAUCAUGAUCUUAGGCAUAAUCCACACGUACAUGGGUAUUUUUUUUAACUGGGUUUUUCUAUGUGUUUUGGCCUUUCGUCCACACGCAAAAUGCUUUUUAGGUCACUGAAAACUGACAUUUUGAAAAAUGUCUUCCAGGAUGAAGAUAUUCAAGAACUCUUUUUCAGUGUUGACGUGUGGACAGGAAAACUGAGAUUUUGGCUUGUAACGUCAGAGAGUGCACCGCACAGGAGGCGACUUUAUGCAAUGGCAGACAGAAUCCGCUACAGAGGUCACUGCUAUAUCCAGCACCUACGCCGUUGUUGUUAGCCUACCGGGACCGCAAAUAACCUUUUCAGGCUUCUGAUUGGCCAACAUGGUUUUAAGGUUAGGGUUAACAUUGUCGGCUGUUGGUUUGGCAUGCUUUUUGACAGUGCCUGACAGCAAGUUUUCAUAUGGAUGGAGAUUUCUUUUAAAACAGAGCUUGUAUGGAGAUAAUAUUUUUUUUAAGAACUGAGAAAAAAAAUACAAAUGUAUAAGGUAGUUUUAUAAGUGCGGACUAGGCAUUAGAAUGUUUUCAAGUGGUCGUUAUAGAGCAAAAGGAUUGCAAAGCUAAAUUCAAUUUCAAUGGAUUUUCAACUCAAUUAUUAUUUUCUUGAAACCAACUAGAUUGGCCCUAUUCUCAGGCUACGACGCCCUCCACCGGCUCACCUUCAUCCAGCUCACCCACUUCACCAACCUGACCAAGCCCCUAAUCACCUGAAUCCUCAUCACCUGUGUUUGCAACUACCUGUAUUCACUCACCCACCCCAUCUAUUCUGCUUUGUUUCACCUUUCAGUCGUGCGCUAUUGUUUGUUCCGUGCCACAUACUAAGCCCGUUUUUAAAUUCCAAGACUUGUACCUGACCUUUAGCUUGUUCCUUGUUUCAACCACCUCUCUUUGCCUAGCCCCUCUUGUAACUUUGCCUCUGCCAUUUUUGCCUUACGGGGUACUGACAUUCUGUGCCUGGCCGUUUGACGUUUUUUGGACUCUGGGUCGAUAAAUCUGUGCUUGGAUCUGCAACCUGUUCCUGUGUGUUCCCGACACGUGGCCAUCGUCCCCAGUGUGUAGCGUGUGGAUGGGUGAGGGGCGUCGGUUGGCCCCCCAUUUUGGUUGAAUGAUUCAUCUUGCCCAAAAAUAAUUUCACAAAAUUACACUGUUGGCAUUAUAACCAGUGACCGAAAACGCCACCCACACAAAGAACCCAUUUGAACCCACAAGGUCGGCUAUAAUGCGUUUUCCACCAUUUAACAUUUUCAGAAAAUAUUUAGAACGCCGCUCCUCUGAAACCGAAUCAGGUGUUCAGCUCACGGCUGUCUCGGGUAUGGAAGUGCUUCAGAUAAGACAUGGUCUUCUGCUCUUCCUCCUCGCUGCUGUGAGAGCUCAGGUCAACCCAGGUACUGGACGUGGAGGUGUGUGCCGCUAUCCCCUGGGCAUGACCGGAGGGCAGAUUCUUGACGAGGACAUCACCGCUUCCAGUCAGUGGUCAGAAUCCACAGCAGCCAGAUAUGGCAGGCUGGACUUUGACGACGGAGACGGGGACGGGGCCUGGUGCCCUGACAUUGUGGCCGAUGCAGACAUUGGCGGCCCGAGGGAGUUCCUCCAGGUGGACCUGCGCUCUCUGCACUUCGUCACGCUCGUGGGCACCCAGGGUCGCCAUGCCGACGGCAUGGGCAACGAGUUCGCCCAGCGCUACCGCAUCAAGUACAGCCGCGACGGCAGCCGCUGGGUGGCCUGGCAAGACCGGAGCGGAAGAAAGGUGAUUGAGGGGAACAGGAAUGCCUACGAUGUGGUGCUGAAGGACCUGGAACCGCCCAUCAUCGCCCGCUACAUACGCUUCAUGCCCAUAGCAGACAACUCCAUGAUCGUGUGCAUGAGAGUGGAGCUCUAUGGCUGCGAAUGGCUAGACGGCCUGGUGUCCUACAGCGCCCCGGCUGGCCAGGACAUGAUCUACCGGGGCCUGGACGUCCACCUCAACGACUCCGUCUACGAUGGAACCGUGGGUCUGCUCAUGGAGCAAGGCCUGGGCCAGCUGACCGAUGGGGCGUGGGGCCGGGACGACUUCCUCCACAGCCACGUGUACGGGGCGUGGCCCGGCUAUGACUACGUGGGUUGGACCAAUGAGAGCUUCCCCAGGGGCCACGUGGAGAUGACCUUUGAGUUUGACCGGGUCCGAAACUUCACAUCCAUGAAGGUGCACUGCAGUAACAUGUUCAGCCGCGGUGUGAGAAUGUUCCGGCAAGCCACUUGCCACUUCCGUACUUCAGAGUCGGACUGGGAGUCCCAGGCUGUGUCCUUCCAUCCCCCGGUGGAUCGGGUCAGUCAGGGUGCCCGGUUUGUCACCGUGCCCUUGGGGGAUCGAAUGGCCAGUGCCAUCAGGUGUCGCUUGGCCUUCAACGAGGCCUGGAUGAUGAUCAGUGAGGUGGCUUUCCAGUCAGCAGGAACAGCUGUUUAUAACACAUCUUUGACUCCUCGUAAACGUGGUCACCCUACAAAUCUUCUUCCAGGGGAGGAUCCCGUUCACAAAGUGGAUGAGAGCAACACCAGGAUCCUGAUUGGCUGCCUGGUCGCCGUCAUCGUCAUCCUAUUGGCCGUUAUAGUCAUCAUUCUGUGGCGUCAGGUCUGGCAGAAGAUGCUGGAGAAAGCAUCACGGCGCAUCCUUGACGAUGAGCUGUCGGCUCGUUUGGCCAUCCAGACCCAGGCGUUCUCCUUCCAUCACUCCUCUCAGUCAAGCGGGGACAUGUCCAACUCCAACUCCACCUAUGAAAGGAUCUUCCCCCUCUGCUCCUCUGACUACCAGGAGCCCUCCCGCCUCAUCCGAAAACUGCCAGAGUUUGCCCAGUCCCUAGAGGAUCUAGCGGGGUCCAGCAAGUCCUCCACGCCCCCACAGGCCUGUGGCUCAGACGGGGCCCCUCACUAUGCCGAGGCAGACAUUGUGAGCCUGCAGGAGGGGGCGACGGGCAGCAAGUCAUACUCCUCUGUCACCGCCGUCAACAUGAGCCUACUCUCUGGGAAGGACAGGGAUAUGAGGGAGUUCCCCAGGGACAAACUCACCUUCAAGGAGAAGCUGGGAGAGGGACAGUUUGGAGAGGUGCAUCUCUGUGAGGCCGAGGGCAUGCAGGAAUUUAUAAAGAGGAAUCUGCCAGAAGCAGUCAACGACUGUCUAAACACGGCGGAGGGCGGGAGUGACACGCCCGUUCUGGUGGCCGUUAAGACCCUGAGGGAGGACGCCAACAAGGACGCACGCAAUGACUUCCUGAAGGAGAUCCGGAUCAUGUCUCGGCUGAGGGACCCCAACAUCGUCAGCCUUCUGGCCGUGUGCGUGGAGUGUGAUCUUCUCUGUAUGAUCACGGAGUACAUGGAGAAUGGGGACCUCAACCAGUUCCUGUCCAGCCAUCAACUGAACGACGAGACGCAGUCUAGCGACAAAGCCACAGUCAGCUACAGCAACCUGAUCAGCAUGUGUACACAGAUUGCGUCCGGUAUGAAGUACCUGUCCUCCCUCAACCUCGUCCACCGCGACCUGGCCACGCGCAACUGUCUGGUGGGGAAGAACUACACCAUCAAGAUCGCUGACUUCGGCAUGAGCAGGAACCUGUACCGGGGCGACUACUAUCGCAUCCAGGGCCGGGCCGUGCUGCCGAUUCGUUGGAUGUCGUGGGAGAGCAUCCUGCUGGGUAAAUUCACCAUGGCGAGCGAUGUGUGGGCUUUUGGUGUGACUCUGUGGGAGAUCAUGACCCUGUGCAAGGAGCAGCCCUACUCCCAGUUCUCAGACGAGCAGGUCAUAGAGAACACUGGCGAGUUCUUCCGGGACCAGGGCAAACAGGUGUACCUGCCGAGGCCUGCCUGCUGUCCGGCUGUGCUUUACAGUAGCCUGAUGUUGGGCUGCUGGAGGAGGAACGCAAAGCAGAGACCAACCUUCCAGGAGAUAUUCAGCCAGCUGGGGGAGAGCCAGGCAUAGCGGCAUGCAAUAUAUACCGCAGUUAUACAAAGUGGUUCAGUUAGUUACAGGCCUAGGAUCAGGUUCCCCUCCCCCAACCUUAAUUUUAGCUAUUAGUCAUGAACAUCUGGCCCACGAUCAUGGUUUAGGGGCAACUUCACCCAACACGUCAACCCUUGUUUGUGACAUGGACUAUUUCUUGUAUGGUCCUUCUGAUGCUUCUUCCUAUUGUCAAAGUGAUGGUCUUUCUUCCCUUGAGCACACCAUGAAUUAAAACUAGUACUUGAGUACCUACAACUGGAUUUUAUUUUCUCUCUUUCUCUCAGACCGUUUGUCUCUGAAUUCUAGUUGACUCCCUGCCUCUCUGAAUAGAUGCAGACUCCUGCACACUGAUGUGUGUUGUAAGAAUCCCUUUGUACUCAUAUAAUCGAGAAUAUAUUUGUUUAAUUGGUUUGUCUUGAUUCAGUUUGUUGUAAAAUGUUGUAUUUUGUCAAAGAUAAACUUAAGUGAAUCGUAUAUUGAGGUAAAUGUGUGCCUUGGAAUAUCUAUGACAAUUUUUUUUAACAUUCAUUACCAGGUUUUAUAUCUUUUUGUAUUUGCUUAAUCUUACUACUGUAGGUAGAAAACCUUACUAGAUGGCUUAUAAUUUCAGUGAAAAUCCACACCAAUUGUUUUAAUUU